AUGCUUAACAGAUCUAAAUUUUUUAAUCCAUCUACUGCUCCUUACUUUGAUCCAAAGUCAGAUCGUCGUGUAGUUUUACUUACCGGUGGUAAUUCUGGUAUUGGUUGGUUUACUGCUUUACAUUUAUACUUACAUGGUUAUGUUGUUUAUGUUGGUGGUAGAACUGAAUCUAAAGUUUUAAAAGCCAUUGAUGAAAUUAAAACUGAAGCUGAUAAACGUGUUUCUGAAUAUCCAGUUGAAGUUAAAUCAUCUAGAAAGCUUGGACAAUUGAAAUAUCUUUAUAUGGAUCUUCUUGAUUUACAAACUGUUAGUGAUGCAGCUGAUAAAUUAAAAUCUCAAGAAUCUAAAUUACAUAUUUUAAUUAAUAAUGCUGGUAUUAUGGGUAUUCCUUAUCAACUUACUAAGGAUGGUUAUGAAAUUCAAUAUCAAGUUAAUUUUGUUAGUCAUUUCUUAUUAACUUUGAAAUUAUUGCCUUUAUUAAAGAAUGUUGCAAAUGAAGGUAAAAUUGAACCAAGAGUUGUUAAUCUUGCUUCAAUUGGUCACAAUUUUAGUUACAAAUAUUUCCAUCCAUCAGAUUUACUUAACAGAAGUCCAUUUUUCGUUUAUACUUGGUUUAGAUAUGGUAAUGCUAAAGUUUCCGGUAUCUUAGGUGCUAAACAAUUAGCUAAAGAAGAACCAGAAAUUUUAUCUCUUUCUGUUCAUCCAGGUAUUAUUCUUGGAACUGAUUUAUAUGAUUAUUGGUUAAAAAUGCCAGUUCUUGGUAUUUUCACUAGAGGUCUUUCUAAGAUUGCUGAUGCUGCUAUGGGUGUUUCUGUUGAAGAAGGUUGUUUAGCUACUUUAAAAGCUGCUAUGGAUCCAACUUUAAAUAUUAAGAAAGAUUCUGGUAAGUAUCUUGUUACUGGUGGUCCAGAAGGUACACCAAAUAGUGUUGGUAGAAAUCCAAAGAAUGCUAAGACUACUUGGGAUUGGAAUGUUGAAGCAUUACAUGAAAGAGGUUUCGAAUGGUAA